GUUCAACUGAAUCCAAGAAAUGUGUCUGAUGUCAGUGAUGUUAAUAUUCACACGAGACGAGAAAAAACACUCGAUCUCAGUCAGCUGAAGCAGUGAUGUAAUCAGAGGAGGAGGAGGUUGGCGCUUUUGGGCUUUACAAUUUAUUGCCAGGAGUAUCAGACACAUGACGGACAUCUAGUGAGAGGAGAGAGGGGCAACGCAAAGGACGGAAAAGGAGAAUAAGGAUCAAAUGAAAUAGAGAUAAACAUAAGACAUACUGUGAAUCUCUAGAGUCUAGAGAUAUAGGUAAAAGAAAAAGGGGUGGGGGGGUAUGUGGAGAUAUAGAACUGCAGAGUCCUGAAUCCAUUCAACAGGAAUUUCGUAGCCGUGUUUUUCUGUGUACUGGUAGAGCCUGUGGAACAGGCAGCGUGCGCCUCUGUCUCUCACGCUGCUGCAGUGGAGUACACGCAGAGCCCAGCACUGCUCUUGGUGAUACACAGCACAGUACAGCAGACUGGUCCUCCUGCCUCCUCUCCUCUUCACCCUAUUCCUCUGAGGGCUUGGAUAAAAAAAAGAAACGGAAGGAAGGAAGAGUGGGAUCUUUUUUUUUUUUUUUUUUUUUUUACCCAGCGGAGCAGACUCUUUCUCAGAUCAGAUUAGAAACAGCACUGUCUGUGUCUCUGUACGACUGUGCUGUGCUUUCCUGUCAUCGAGUGAAAAAGCGACAUAUGUGCUCCGAUGUCUCCACAAUAUAGGCACGCUGCAAGACCAGCAGUAUUCCCCUUGGUCCCCGUCUUGACACUUCGAUGAAGACAGACGCCUCCCUGUCCCCCCAGCCAGGAACAUGAAGGGCUUAUCGGGUGGCCGCUCCCAGCACCAGAUCCCCUCGCCCCAUGGGCUAGACCAGUUUGACCAUCCUCAAGACUUCCAUGGCAUGGGCCACCAUGGCGGAGCCUCUGAGUCGCGCCACUCUUCCUACCUGCUCAGCCCCACCGAGAGCUGCCCAAUGGACUACCACCACCGCUACUCACCGCGCAGCUCCAUCCACUCUGACUGCAUGAUGAUGUCCCCCGUCAUCAUGGCACCCUCGUCGGGUGUUGGUGGCGGCGCCCCCAUUGACCACAUCUCCAGCAGCACCUUCCCCAGAAUGCACUACAGCUCACAGUACUAUGACUCGGCCACGCGGGACGACUGCGCCGCCAUCACCGCCUCCGCCACCUCCCAUGCUGCUGCUGCCCCCACCGCUUCAGCUUUGCAGUACCAGGGCAGCGGCAAGAGCAACCGCAUCCCAGCAAACCUGCUUGACCAGUUUGAGAAGCAGCUGCCUCUGCACCGUGACGGCUUCCACACACUGCAGUACCAGAGGACGUCCACCACCACCACCACGGAGCAACGCAGCGAGAGCCCCGGACGCAUCCGCCACCUUGUCCACUCCGUCCAGAAGCUCUUCACCAAGUCCCACUCUCUGGAGGGCUCGUCCAAGAUGAAUGGAACCAAAGGUGACGGUGGAGGAGGGGGACACCACGGCGGCUCCCAACACAGCCACCAUGGAGGCUCCAAGCAUGGCAGCAAGCGAAGUAAGAGCAAAGAGCGCAAGACGCACCGCUCGGGGGGAGCGGGUGGCUUCUGGAGUUCCGACGACAACCUGGACAGCGACAGCACCUAUCGCACGCCCAGCGUCAUGAGCCGUCACCAUGGCGACCAUGCCCAUGCCGCCCACUGCUACCCGGACUCCAUGCACCACAGUCACUUUGGGGACCUGUCCCUCAAGACCUCCAAGAGCAACAACGAUGUUAAGUGCGCAGCAUGUGAGAGCAUGGCCAUGACUCCGGAGGGGAAGUUUAUGAAGAGGAGCUCCUGGUCCACGCUGACCGUCAGCCAGGCCAAGGAGGCCUACAGGAAGUCUUCCCUCAACCUCGAGAAACCCAUGAUGCACACAGACCUCAAGCCCUCGCUACGGGCCUGUCACUACCUACAGGUGCCUCAGGAUGAGUGGAGUGGAUACCCAGAGGAUGGGGACCAGGACGAGGAGAUCCCGUGUCGGCGGAUGCGCAGCAGCAGCUACGUCAAAGCCAUGGGAGAAGAAGACAACGACUCUGGUGGCGAAUCUGAUGGCAGCCCCAAGACCUCACCCCAGAAGGCCAUCCGACCCGACGCCCUCGUCCUCAAAUCAGCUAUGCAGAGACCCCACAUAGAACCCCAAAGCCAGAGCUACCACUUGCAAACCACCCGAGACAUGAUGCGGCCCCAUCCCAGUGUCACCCUGGACCCAGCCACCAACUACCCCCAACACCAUAUACCCCUCGGCCCUCAGUUCCGAUCCCGGAACCAGAGCUACAUGCGCGCGGUUAGCACCCUCAGUCAGGCAAGCUGCGUCAGCCAGGUGAGUGAGACUGAGGUCAAUGGCCAGUUUGAGUCAGUUUGCGAGUCCGUUUUUAGCGAAGUAGAAUCCCAGGCCGUGGAGGCCUUGGACCUGCCUGGCUCGUUCCGCACUCGAAGCCACAGUUACCUGCGUGCGAUUCAGGCUGGGUAUUCCCAAGACGACGACUGCUUGCCUUCAAUGACAUCCUCCACUGUCACUUCAACUCUCAGAUCCACAACAGGAACCCGUAGCUUAGCUGGGGGGCGUAGAGCGUACGGUAGGUCUGGUAUCCAGUUUCGCCUCCCUUCUUCCUGCAGUGUGGACCGAGCCAAUCCACAUCCAGAACCUCUCCCUGUUUGCUCUCCAACGGUGACGCACACGCCUAGCUAUAAGGCAAAGACGCCCCCGCCGGUGCCACCUCGUGCCACCUCCAAGCCCCUCAUCUCGGUGACGGCCCAGAGCAGCACAGAUUCCACCCAGGAUGCCUACCACGAGGGAAGGCACCCGCGGGGGAGUAUCCUGUGGGCGCCGGACGGUCUGGGCGGCUCGGGUCGAACCCUCUACAACUCUACCGACAGCCUGGACAGCGCCAAGGCGGUGACGUUGGCCAUGGAGACGGCGGCGGGCAAGCGGCACGCCUCCACGGGCAGCCACAGCUCCGUGCAGACGUGUGACAAGGCGGUGCUCGUGUCCAAGGCUGAGGAAUACCUCAAAACACCACGCUCUUCCAUAGGGAUUCAGGUGGAGACGGCGACAGACUCCGAGUCGGAGAGCAAAGGGCUUCCUCAGUACCAUUCUGUGGGCACCCAGGUGGAGGAUGACAAACGACAUGGCAGGUUCAAGCGCUCCAACAGCGUGACGACGGCCGUACAAGCUGACAUGGAACUAGAGGGCUUCCCCACCAUGGAGGACAAGGGCCUGCAGUUCGGAGGGGGCUUGGGCUUCCGCGGGGGCCACUCGGAGCCUAGCACGCCCACCCAGUACGGGGCUGUCCGCACCGUCCGCACCCAGGGGCUCUUCAGCUACCGGGAGGACUACCAGCGCUCCUCCAGCGGACCGCCCAGCCCGCAGCCCGAGUCGUGGCUGACAGAGCCCUCUCUGGAGGGGGUAGAGACGGGCAGGGUGUCCCCUCUCCGCAGGGACGGCAGCUGGUUCAUGCAGCUCCUCCAUAAUGAAACUAAGAGGAUGGAGGGAUGGUGUAAAGACAUGGAGAGGGAGGCGGAAGAGCAUGACCUGUCGGAGGAGAGUGAGUUUCUGACGCUGCAGCAUAGAGUCCUAGGGAAAAUCCGAAGUGCCGUGGGCAGCGCACAGCUCCUCAUGUCUCAAAAAUUCCAGCAGUUCUACUGGCUGUGUCAGCAGAACCUGGACCCCAGCGCCAUGCCCCGCCCCACCUCUCAGGACCUGGCCGGAUUCUGGGACCUGCUGCAGCUCUCCAUCGACGACGUCACUGCCAAGUUUGACGAGCUGCAGGAAAUCAAGAGCAACGAGUGGAGGCCCGUGGAGAGCCCCGAGAAGAAGACGCCAUUACAGGAGAGGAAAUGGCCUCCCCCGCUGCCAAAGAGGCCUCCGAAGGGGCGUGGCGGCGUGAUGCGGGAGCGCUCUCUGGACCUGCAGGACCGCCAGCGUCAGGAGGCCCGGCGCCGCCUCAUGGCAGCUAAGCGGGCGGCUUCUUUCAGACAGAACUCAGCCACAGAGCGGGCGGACAGCAUCGAGAUCUACAUCCCCGAGGCCCAGACCCGCCUUUGAGGUCCAAGCAAUUACCCCUCUAGCCUGACCCCGACCCCAGCUCUGACCCCUUCCGGCCCCCAUACCCCAGAUCCAGCUAGUGGGUGUCACCCAGACUCCUUCCUCCCUCUUUCUUGUCGUCUGUGUCUCUCACUGUCACUUCUCACUGUUUCUCUCCAUCUAUUGCCCUUCUUCUGAUGUCCUCUCCCCUUUAAGACGGAGGUAAUGUUCACCACCCCUCCACCCCAUUAUAAUGAGCUGCUACUACACCCUCCCCUUUAACCGAACUGAUCCACCAUCACGAUUAUAUUUGGCUAAUUACAGGUAAAAUUAUUAUUUUCUAUACUGUAACAAAUUCUCUUGUUGGAAAUGUAUUCAUCCCCCCCAAGAGCUUUCGCAUUGCCAUCAUGUAUUAUGAGCCUCUGGGUAAAGUAAGGGUAAUAUCAGUAUUUUCCCACCGUGUUCAAAAGGAAUCACAAAGUGCAACUUUUCUAUGGAGAAUCUCACCAGCAUCAGUGGUCUUGGGCUAAAUCACCCUGUGCGGAGAGUACUACUCCCCAGUGGUAGCACAGAGGUGGUGAUGACUCACUGUCAAGAUAGAAGUCUGGAAAUCUCUCCCCCAUGGUUGUGGGUUGUCAGUCAAAGUGGGGGGAAUAUGUAAUGUGAUUGAUCAACACCUGCUAUUGAAAUACCUCAGACUUGCAGUGGGCACUCUAGGGUAAAAACCAUAGACAUAGAAUUCAAAUCUAUUUCUAUGGGGUCUAUUCUAUUUCUAUGGUAGAGACCAAGGAGUAGUCAUCACAUCUGAUAUGGUCGCACAGCAUCCUGGAAAUAGUAGUUCCGUUGUUAUUCUCGGGACGUACUCACACCACUUUUUACCAGGCUUGCUGCUGCAGCCACUGCCUAACAUUGCUGAGACAUGGGAUGCGAAAAAGACAUGCAGUAGUACCCCAGCUAGCACAUUUAGUUCCUUGGAAGUUGUGGGACAGAAGUUUUUGGUUUCCAAUUGAUUCUGGGAACAAAGCCAUAAGUUUCCUGAUCGGUAAAACUGAACGUUUUUAAAACGUUCUGGGAAUGUACAUUUUUAGGUUGCACGGAGGUUCUGAGAACCUUUUACUAUGGUUGCCUAAAAGUUUUCCUGGGAGGUUUUAUUAACGUUCUGAGAACUGAAAUUAUAGGUUAUUUGAAGGUGAUCAAAUAACGUUCUGAAAACAUUCUCUAAAUGUUGUGAAUGUUUUGAACUAAAUAUAAAGGUUAUUUUGAGGUUUUUGAAUCAUAUAAAACUUUCACUGAACGUUUCAAUAAGACUGCUAGCUUAGGUUAACUGUUUUGAACUCCAAGCAGAGAUAGGACACAUGGAAAUUAAUAAUGCAAACACAUUUGUCUUUUAUUUUGGCACAGCGUCAGUGAGAUUCAAACCUAUGAUCUUCUGUUCUCUCUCCAUGGAAUUGGUUCACUGCGACAGCAGGAUGGAGCUACAGUAGCAUGCCAUGUUUUUUAAACUCAUACAAAGAUGUUAAUUUUAUUAUAUUCCAACAGACCCCAUUUCAAAGGAAACUCGUUAAGACCAGGGCGCCCAAUUAUUGGGCACAGCCAAUACACCUGAACACACUUAAGUAGAAAGAGGAUAGAGAGAGUUUUGUUGACACAGAAUGGAUGUAUAUGAUUUUAAAUAACAUUAUUAGAAUGUUCUUUGAACGCUACAAAUGUUUUCUUGUGGUUCUUAUGUAACAUUGUCUUAAUGUUCUUAAAACAAUGACUUUAAAUAGAACCAAGAGGAAACCUGCAGAAAACUUUACACUAAAGUACUGAAAUUCCAACAGAAUAACGUUGUUUCUUAACGUUCUCAGAACUAUUUCAUAAUAUUCCCAAUGUCAAACCAGUUGAAGAACAUUCCUAUAACAUUACACAUUUUUUUGUUAAAUGUAACCAUGUUUGAACUUUUAGGAAACAUUCUGUUAAAGUAAUGAAAUAACAAGAAAAUAAAGUGUUUUUGUCAAGUUCUUUAAAAGUGUUGAGAAUGUUCCAAAGGCAAGCAACUAUCCUGCAUUAUUCCCAGAAAGUUGGGGGAAGGUUGUAUGCAAAAUAACCACGGGACAACCACCCGCUCACCAAGCUCUAAGAAACUUAUGGUUCUCAGAAUGUUAUGUGCUAGCUGGGACAGUACCUUAGGGCUGCAUUUAUGCAUUUUCAGUUACAAUAACGGCUUUGUUGUAAGGUUGAAACAUGGUUAUGAUAUGGGUUGUACAGUGCAUUUAUUCGUCUGAUCCAUGUUUCCAUUGCAACACUAUUGUAAAACACUUAAAGGGAAAAAAUGUUUCAAAUUUCGUGAAAAAAAAGUUGACUAUGAUAUAAUGCAUUUUUGCACCUUAUAUAUACUAUUCAUGUUUGUAUUUCCAAGGGAAAUGUAGUAAAUGACACUCACAUGAUAUUGUUGCAGUUGAAUUGCAAGGACAAAAAUGGAACAUUCGCUAUUGAAUAUGUCUAUGAUGCUGUUCUAUACACCACAUCAAUCUGCACCUUGAAUUUUGUGUUUAGCCCCUGAUGUCCAGUACUAUUGUAAUGAUAAUAAUGCUGAUAAAUAAUGUAAUCUAUCACAUAUAUACCCAAUGACCAACAUCACAAACUACAUUGAACCUGAUUUGUCUCAUAGUGGACGCUGUGAAAGAAUGACUAUCUAUGGGGUGGAAAGAGCAGUCCCCCAACAGACAGAUAACUUAUACCUAUUAGAGACCAUAUCACACACAUUCUAUUCCAUCCGGCACACAACAAUCAAGUAUUUUUCUCCACACUACGAAAGUAGUAUUGUGUGGGACAGACAGGUGCAAAUGUCACUUUAACACUAUCCAGUUACUAGUAAAUGGUGUUGCUUUUUACCUGAAAUGGUUGUCCUUUACCCAGUCCUAUGUGCACGCGCACGCACACACACACACACACACUCAAGGACUUUUUAAUAACAGAGAUUUACUAAAAUGGUGCCCAUAGCAUCUGUAAUUAAAGAUGGUGGCUAUUGACUUGCGGGGGGGGAAAAAACUAUUUGCAAAGCGUCUAUUUGCAUUGUUCAUGUUUGCUUCAAAGUUGUUUAUUGAAGAGGCAGAGGAAAUACGUACGAUGAGGUAUUUCUACUCCCUAUCUUGCCAUGAGCUAAGAGGGUUGCUGUAAUAGUAGCCGUAGUCAAAGGUCUAGGGAGUUCUAGUGAGAGAGAGAGAGAGAGCAAGGCAUUUACAUUUUUAUGACGUUACUCCAUUGCUUUUGGCGGUGCUUGGAGCUUAUUGCACCACACUUGGAGCUUAUUGUUUCAAUAUACUGUAUAUUUCCUUCAAAAAAUGAAACUGUACUUAUACUAGAUGACAUGAUCUACUGGCAUUUGUGUUGUACUGCGUGUCAUUGGUAUAGUAUAUCCAUUUACCCAUAUGAACAAUAGAUUGGAUUUUUUAGUGUAAUUCAUUUAUUCCCAUAUACUUGUUAUGUUAGGGUUGUAAGCUUCUAGCACCAGUGGUCGACUAGGAAUUUUCAAUAGAAUGUGAUGCAAAAACAGGGUGAGCUGUUAUCUGUCCACAAAGCAUAGAUUAAGACAACAAUUUGAAUUGCGACCUUUUGAAAGGGCAACACACAGUAAGCCACAGUUCAGUUGGUCAGAUACGCUGCCAGAUAUUUUGCUAAAAAGGGUGGAAAGUAGUUGAAUAAACUGGGACUUUCCUCAUUCCUCUGUAGCUUCUGGUAAACCACUCAGUGUCUCCAAUUUCAUUUCCUGACGUCAGUCUCUCUCUGCUGUGAACCUCAACGUACCAGACGGCCUUAAACACAUGGAAAGCAAAAUCAUUUAUGAAUGUAGAGUCACUAACGAUGCAACAACAAAAAAGGUCACAGGAGAUGUGUAGGUGCUGUGUAAAAGCAAACAGUACAGUAUUGUGAUUCUAUGUGGACAUAAAAUCCAUGUCUGGUCUUAGUGAGGUAACAGCAGAAAGUGAGAGACAUUGAUAGCUUGGUGAAGAGAUUUAAAAAUAUAUAUAUAACCAGUCAGAGGUUCCCAUUAGAUUAAAGUAUGAUCAUUGGACAAUAGAAAUGACAUCACUUUCACACCCGUGGUGGUCUCAUCUCAUCUCAACCACAGGGUCAACAACUAGUGACGUACUAGUAACUAUUCACUACAGUUACCAAUUUGCACACUGAUACAUAACACCAAAUUCAGAUUAUAUUAAACAUGAUAGAUUGGCCAAGGCAAAUAGUUCAUGGAUCUUCAUGCUCUUCUGUCCUCUUUAUCAUUUCCUAGUCUUUAGUUAUUCAUAUUGUGUGAUAUUAUAAUGUAUAGCCCUCUAAAUUAGGUGCAUAAAUUGAGACAGCAAUUUUUUGUCUUCGUAGAAAGUGAAUUGCCCUUUCUCAAUCUCAAACAUACUCUAUUAUCAUAUUUGUCCCGUACCGUGUACUUUUCCAUGAUCUAAGGAGGGGUUUGCAAGUUUGGCAACUACGUACGAUGGGAAAAAAAUCCUUUUGUGCCUUAAAAUCAGACUUACAAGAAUCUAUGAAUGACUGUCUUAGUUUGAGGUCUUUGGUUGGAAUACGAUGCCAUGCAGAGUGCUUGGCCAUCUCUGGUUGUGUUGAUUGAGUUGCAAUGUCACCUCAAAGGGCUGUUAGGGAGAAAGCUAGCUUGGUUUUUUCAUCCAAAUGCCUUGAUAUUAGUAGUUUGGAUUAGCAUUUGAUCAUUUUGAAUGUUAUACUGUUGUAUGACUGCAGCACAAGUUGAUAAUUGACGAGGAUGAGAUGAUGUGAAAAUUGAAUUGAUACAUUUUGUGUGAUUGUUUUAACUAUGCUUUUGGUAAGAUCUGUCAUUGUUGGCAUCCAUUCAUUCUCACAGGUAGAGAUUGUUCCCGUUAAUCAGGGGGGGAAACAUGUUACCUUUGGUGUAGUCCGCAGGUUUGGUGAUUCAUAUUUAUUGGUACAUGCCCCAAGUUUACGUGAUGUCACCGGUAUGCAAGUGUCUUCGUGAUUGGUACACGCUGUAUAUCAUUUAUCAUCAUGAAAUCUUGUAUGUUGAUGGUCUUUGAUUUAUUUUGACCAACAGAAAAAGCAGCAUAGACAUUUUUAUCAGAAUCAAACGGAACCUAUGUAACAGGAGCGAACAUAGCUUAUGUGUGUGCGUGUGUUUGCAUUUGUGUGUGCCCUGCGUGUGUGUGUGUGUGAGUGUGUGUGGCUCGGAGGGGGAUGGCAGAGAAAAAUAACAUCCCAGGGAGUAUUUUCCUCACUAUGAUAUCAUAACCUCGUCCCAGUUCUCAAUGCUUUAUGGCUCAUUAUCGUUACCACCAACUAGAGACUGACUAAACUUGACCUGCUAAAAAGUGCAAUAGUGUUUCAUACAACAGGCAGGCACACAUACAGCUAUUUACCUCAUGGUUUGAGAGUCAGUUACAGUGACAACACACGGCCACCAGAGCACUUUGUCAUGCCUGUGUCCUAUGCAGUAGUCCUGCCAGCCUGCACCAUGUCCCCAUUUCUACAGACAUUCCCUCUAACGCAUGACGGCCCCAGUGGAAAUGCAUCUUUGUUUACUGAUCUUUAUGGAAGUGGACAUUGUCUUAAGUUGGUUGGAGAAUUGAAUUGUUGUGCACAGUUCACAUCUCAGUACGUUUUCAGUUAUCUUUAUCUGUCUUCAGAAAUGUUGGUGUUGACACAUCUGCUGGCCAUCUUGACUGGUCCUUCUGAAAGCAGCUUGAUAUUCUAUUAAACAAACAGUACAUCACCAUCAUCUAAUAUGCAGUGUGUCCAUGAUGAAUUGCUUUCCUGAUUGCAUUUUAUUGAUUGGAAAUAUCCUCCUUUUUAACGCUCGUCAAGACUUAAACGCUAAACACGUAUGAACAGACAUUUAGAAUAACAAAUUGCGUCAUAUCAAAGUUCUUUGGUGUGAUAUUUUGCUCUGCAGCCCUUUACGUAUGGAACUCUUAGGGGCUAAAAUGUACAAUGUUCCAUGAGUGACAUCUUUGCUACAUCAUCUUGGGCUAAUGUGUUUGGUGGGCUGUUGUGCUAUAAACCUCAAAGGAGUCAGUAAAGGUGCUGAAAUGAA